UGGCGACUCCUCCCCUCGUUCGCAUACUCUGUCACUGCCGCUUUUUCUGCGUCUCCAUCAUCUCAGAUCGCGAUGGCGACCGUCGGAGGGAUCAAGGAAGUGGAAGGGAUUGCUAACAGCGCCGAGACCGAGCAGCUCGCCCGCUUCGCCGUCGACGAACAUAACAAGAAAGAGAAUGCUCUCUUGGAGUUCGUGCGUGUGGUCGAGGCGAAGGAGCAGGUGGUUGCAGGGACCCUGCACCACUUGACUGUCGAGGCCGUCGAUGCAGGGAAGAAGAAGGUCUACGAGGCCAAGGUGUGGGUCAAGCCAUGGCUCAACUUCAAGGAGCUGCAGGAGUUCAGGCACGCAGCGGACUCGGCCUAAGGAUCAUGGUCUUGGGCGUGGUAAUACGAUGCUGUGAGACCGCAUGUUGCUUACAAGUUGGUAUUUAUCAUGUCUAGGAGGUAUUAUGAUGUUUGCAAGACCACAAGCAGGCAUUUUUAUGUCUAGGAGAUAAUUUUUGUUGUUGCAACACCACUGGUUGUUUGCAAUAAGACAUUUAUUCUGUGAAUUAGGUUCUUUGAUGUUGUGAGACCACAGUGUGUUUUGCAAGUAGGCAUUUAUUAGUAGAGAAGACAAUACUAUGUUGCGAGACCACCGAGUACUUGCAACAGGCAUAUAUGUGAAGUUUGUACUCCUAAUUUAGGAUUUUAAUUGU